AUCAACUUAGUCACCCUAGUCAUUCCAGUUACCCUUGUCACCCAAGUCAUCCUAAUCACACUAGUCAUCCUAGUCACCCAAGUCACCGUAGUCAUCUUAGGCACCUUGGUUAUCCUAUUCCUGCUAGUCACCCAAGGCGCCCUAGUCGCCCAAGGCGCCCUAGUCACCCUAGUCACCGAAGUCAUCCUAGUCACGUAAGUCACCCUAGUCACCCUAGUCAUCCUAGACACACUAGUUAUCCUAGUGAGCCGAGUUACCCUAGUCACCCAAGUCAUCCUAGUCACACCAUUCAUUCUAGUCACCCAAGUCAUCCUAGUCACUCAAGUCAUCCUAGUCACCCUAGUUACCCAAGUCAUCCUAGUCACCUAAGUCAUCAUCCUAGGCACCCAAGUGAUCCUAGUCACCCUUGUCAACCUAUGCUCCCAAGUCAUCCUAGUCACCCUAGUCACCCUAGUCAUCUUAGUCACCCUAGUGCCCCAAGU